AUGGAGAACAUCCUCUCGAAGAAUGCCGUCGACGACAUCCUAGAAGCCGAAGGCUUGCCCGACCCGGAGAACAAGUCGAAACAGGAGGAGGGCAUGGAGGGCAUGGGCGACCUCGGCCGGAACUUGGAGUUCAUGAUGAUGAAGAUCGCCCAGCUGGACUUUUUUUGCGGGGAGGGAGUGCUUCAUUUCAAGAAGCAUGAGACGGUUAUGGAGCUCCAGCAGCUGCAGAUCAAAGAGAUGAACGAGUGGAGAAAAGCGCACAUGACCAACGAGCACAACGCUCCUCCUCAGCAGCCUUCCUCAGUCCAGGAGGUGCAGCUGGCAGCAAAGGCCAAAGUCCGUCAGGCGCAGGACACCCUGAAGGGCGUCCUCCGUAAGCACCAAAAGCAGCCGGGUUCUGGAGUAUUGCAUUUUAUACUUUGCAAGGCCUUCUUCCGUCUUGUUCCCUUUAUGAUUUCAACACAGCGGUAUGUUUUCCCUUUCCUGAGCCAUUCCAGAUCCUAG